AUGGCGCACCACCAUGGGAGUCGAGGCGAAGACGUCGAGGCGCGCAACCGCCUGCCUACAUUGAUGGAGGUUCUGGGAAGAAGGACACUGGCGCCAGUGGACCUGUUCUCCUUCUACAUCUACAUGCGCGACCAGCAGCGCUCAGUGGACUACCUUGACUUCUGGCUCGAUGUGUCCCAGCAUAUGUCUCUGUGCCGUCACUAUGUCCGAGAACUACGCCGGUCCAUGCUCGUGGAUACUCCGGAGAUGGAAAAGACCACCAGCAAAAGGUCAUCAGCUUUGCUGGAACAAUUUGACCUUGGCGAAGGGGUGGAUUCGAGAAAGAACGGGCAAGAGUCCAGAGUGUCCGCCAUUCUGAGGGGCGACAAUUCCGGCGCACCGAAAACACCAAGAAGCAGAGAAGGUGCUGCUGGCGGCCCGACCGACCGCUCGCCCUCCCACAGCAUGGGUUCGGCAAAUUCGAGAAAUCUGAGUCGACCAUCAGGUGACAGACCAACACCGCCGGAGAUGCCACAACCCAGCUUCGCCAAUUCUACUCCUGAAGUGAGGACGGACUCGAAUUCUCCGGGACACAGUGUCGCUAGAGCCGACAUCAAAGCAUCUGCGGAGAAGAUUCUCUACACAUUCGUUUUACCGGGCUCCGAAAGGGAAAUUGUGCUGCCGGAUACGAUGUUGAACAAGAUCAUCCGCGCUAUCGAAGAGGAAGGACGAGAUGACCCAGAGGUGUUCGACGAUGCUAAGGACUACGUCUUCCAGGCGAUGGAAAGAGAUGCCUUUCCCGGAUUUUUGCAGGCCAAAGCCCUAGGAAAUCUGGUGCCCUUGAGUGUGCUAAUCAGGUUGAUCGUUGGGCUCAUGAGCUUAAUGGCAGGGUUCUGGGCUGGCUACUACAUGAUCUUGAGAGACAGGUCAAGAGCUACUCGUUGUUGGAUUAUCCUCCCCUUCACCAUCGGCUCAUACUUCCUCGUCUCCUACCAAUACAAGCUCGACAUUGUCGCCGCAUACCUGGGAUUUAGUGAAUACACCUGGAUGAACUGGUCGCGGAUCAAGGAGCCCUUCGUGCGCAGGUUACUGCUCACGAGGGCGACCAUGGCGCUGUUUAUGUUCGUAGCUGUUGCGGUCGGGCUGUGUGUGCUUUUCAUCUUUGUGCCGGGGACGAGGUUCUAG